UCUUCGUCGAUUCAACGCAAAGGAAAAAUUAGAGACAUCUUGACGACAUCCAGUUUAUCAUGGACUGCUUGCCAAUGCGGCACAAAGGUUUGGACUUACUAUCAGUUUGAAAAAGACAGAAGAUUUGCUACAGCCAAAGCCUGGAGCUACAUACACACCUCUAACUGUGAAGAUGACGAAAUUGCUAUGCGUCUGAACAAAGCUGGUGUUGCUUUUGGUAGCUUGACAAGACAGCUUUGGAAUGAACAUGGGAUCAGCAUAGUUACGAAAGUGAAGGCUGUUAGCCAUUGUCUUGCAUUUACUGAUGGGUUAGGCUUUGUUGGCCUUCUUUCUGCUCUUGAGAGUUUGUUUAGUGGGUAUUUGUCAAGGCUGGAUGUGGUUUUAGUGGAACUAAAGUCAAUUUGUAGACUAGAAUUACCCAGUGGGAAUCAGAUGGCAACGUUUGGCGAAGACUGGGGAUAUGCACAGAAUGCAUUUGGACUGUUGCAAUGUUGCGGAGAUCUGUUGCUCAAAUUUGCAAUGUUUCAAUCCAAUCUUUCUGCAUCUGUUUUGUCAAGAGCUUCAAUUAUUCAACUGUUUUCUAGCUCAUCUCCAUGGAUGCCAGUUUCUCAUGUAGCUCUUCAUACAUAUAAUUAUCUCGUUGAGCAUCGACCUGCUGAAUAUCAGCAGUUGGUAGAACUCAUCUAUCAAUGUGAAACGGCUUCUGAUUCAUUGCUUUCCGGGUCUCAUCAACGUUUGGUUGCAUUCAGUGAUAGCUGUCAUGACUUUGCAUUUAACAUGCUUUUUGUUAGUCUGAAAGAGAAUCUUUUACAAAUCCCGACACUUAAGAUUUGGCAAGCAGGAACAUCGGACAACGAAGCUAGUUCUUUGGUGCUGCCUUCAUUUUCUCUUUCUCCUCUCACAUACAUCACUCAAAUUGGGGAUCGCUUGCUUACUUUGCCCCAGCAACUGGAAUCAUACACUUCUCACGACAAUCCUGCUCUUGAGUUUGCUCUCAAAUCAUCGUCUUUAUUAUUUAGCGGUAAACCAACGGUUGUUUCUAGUCAUGAACCUGAUGUUGCUUACCAUUGGAUUCAUGCGAUAACUGAAGCCACAAUGCAGAUGUAUAUUCAGCAGAUCUUGAAUAUUCCUUGCUUGUCUCAUCAAUCAUCAGCACAACUUGCCACUGACAUUGAGUAUCUUUGUAACGUGUUGACUGCGCUGGAAGUGACUCCUAGUGUCACUUUGAAUCAGAUUGUUGUACUUCUCAAAGCACAUCCUGAACAAUUUGUGAUGAUAGCAAAAGAUGAAAAUAUUCCUAGUGCUAUCUACACUACAGUUUCUCAAAUUAGAGGAAUUGAUAUGUAGAUUUGGAUAUUUUAGUUAUUGUUGUUACAAUGAUCACAAUAAUAUUUACUAUGUGUACAGUUGAUAGAGUGUAUAUGUCAGUCAAUUUGUGCAAUUGCAGCAAUUAGUUGUAAGGUGUUGAAAGAGUUUUGAGUAUCACCUGG